AUGAACUACACUACUGUACCCUCAAACCAUUCCAAACUGAUGGGUGUUUGGCCUUUGGACGGUAUUAUGCUUCUACAGCUUUUUAUCAUCUUAUCUCUUCCACACUUCCAACAUGCCCAGAUUGUAUACUUUCCUGCAGCUAAGGUACCCACAUCAUGGUCCAUUAAUCCGCGCACGUCUGCGUACGAUCAAAUAAUCCUCUCCAACGGUAAACCAAAUGCCAACUACGGAUUUGCUUGUGGAUUUUACUCCCAAAACGAUAAAAGAUCCUUCUAUUUGGCGAUUGGAUCAGCUGCAGCAUCGAUAGAUACUUCUGGCAAUCAAGUUUGGACUUUUACGGAUAAUAUAGCUUGGGUAGCAAACAGAAAUAGACCGGUUGGUGAGAAUGCAGAGUUACAGUUACUUCCGGAUGGAAACUUGGUGCUAAAAGAUACAGAUGGAAUUUUGGUUUGGUCUACAGACACAGCUAACAAGUCUGUUGCAGGCAUGAAGAUGAUGGAUACAGGAAACCUUGUACUUCAUGAUGGCUUUAAUAAUACAGUUUGGCAGUCAUUUGAUCAUCCAACGGACAAACUGCUCCCUGGGCAGAAACUGUUGGCAGGACAGAAGCUGGUAGCUAGCAUUUCAAAAACUAAUGUGUCUGAGGGUGAUUACUCUGUUUCUUUAACAUCUAAAGGUCUGGUUGCUUUUUAUGAUGAAAUAAUGUACUUCAGCCUUUACUUCCCAGAUUUUUUUCCCGAAAUUCAGACCGUGGAAAGCAUUGAACUAACUGUUAAUGGUACUUUUGGCGUGUACGCAUUAACUCGAGAAGUUGUGGUAAUUAUGGCCUCUGCUCAAAUGGAAGGUGUUCGUGCCCUGCAGGAUUUGCUCAAGAUAAUGUCUCGAAAGCACAAGGCUAUUUCAGAUGCAAAGAGAUUAAUCCAACCGCAUGUGGAAACCCCUUAUCCCACUCACUUCUGUCCUACGAAAACGUACACUAUUUCAAUUAUUCUGCUGGAAUUGUGA